GCACAUUUGAAUGAUUUGAGAGAAACAGAGAAAGAAGAUGGGUUUUCAAGAGGUAGCUUCUGCUCUAUCCAGUUUGAACAAAACCGCAAAGGCUACUACUGUCUCGCCGGACUCCGUCAUCAAUCUUGACCAUGGUGAUCCGACGAUGUUCGAGUCAUACUGGAGAAAACAAGGGGAAAAGUGUAGGGUGGUGAUUUCAGCGACUGAUUUCAUGAGCUAUUUCAGUGAUAUCGGCAACACAUGCUGGUUCUUGUUGCCUGAACUGGCGGAGGCCAUCAAACGGUUGCACCGUGCGGUUGGGAAUGCGGUCACGGAGGAUCGCCAUAUCGUGGUUGGGACGGGCUCUACUCAGCUCUAUCUGGCCGCGCUCUUCGCUCUCACUUCUCCCGGUGGGCCUGACCCCAUUAGCGUCGUCUGUGCCGCCCCAUACUACUCGUCGUACGAGGAGGAGACAACUUUCCUUCUCUCAGGACUAUACAAAUGGGCAGGUGAUGCGUACACAUUUGACAAGGAUGAACCUUACAUUGAACUCGUUACUUCACCCAAUAAUCCAGACGGAACCAUUAGAGAAGCAGUGGUGAACAGAGCAGAAGGAAAGACUAUUCAUGACUUUGCCUACUACUGGCCUCAAUUCACUCCCAUUACUUGUGCAGUUGAUCAAGACAUCAUGCUCUUCACUCUCUCCAAAAGCACUGGUCAUGCCGGCUCCCGAAUCGGAUGGGCAAUUGUCAAGGACAAAGAGGUGGCUAAAAGAAUGACUAAAUUCAUGGAGAUUUCAUCCAUCGGAGUAUCGAAGGAAUCACAAGUUCGAGCAUCGAAGAUUCUAGGAGUUGUCGCUGAGGACUGCGAACGUUUUGGUUGUGCUGACGAUUCAAACAACUUCUUUGUAUAUUCCAAAAGAACCAUGGCCGAAAGAUGGGAGAAGUUGAGGAAGGUUGUUAAAGGCAGUGAAGUCUUCAGUCUCCCCAAGUACCCACAAGAGUAUUGCAACUUUAGUGGAGAAUUCUCUGAAGCCAGUCCCGCAUUUGCAUGGUUGAAGAUGAAGGAGGAUGAGGAUUUGGAGGGGAUAUUGAAAGGGCAGAAGGUGUUAACAAGAAGUGGAAGGCGUUUUGGGGUUGAUGAAAGAUAUGUGAGGAUAAGUAUGCUGCAUCAAGAGGAUGCGUUUAAGAUUUUCUUGGAGAGGCUAACAGCACUGGUCAAUGCCAAUUCAAUGGUGGAGAAAGUUGUUUGAUUUGUAAUUGGUACUUAUCUGUUUAUCACCUUCUUUAACUUUUAUUUAAGAAGAAUGAGGUUAUGUACUCGAGAAUUAAUGAGUUUA